UACAUACCCCUAGGAGUCCGUACUAGCAUAGUUCUGUGCUUGCGUAUACCGUAGGUACUUGGCGCCAACAACGUCUACCAUAUCAAGCGUCUAUCGCUUACGCCAACUAGGUACCACUUUGAAAGGAAUGCAUGGGAUUGGAAUUCCAUAAUAAUCCUAUGUAAUGGCCGUCCCGGAACGUAGGUGGUGCGAACCUGCGACCUCCAAGCCUCGGUCAUUCUUAUGUAAACAUUCACAUAAUCAAAUCCGAAAUGAGGUCCACAACUUAUCGUCACCUUAUCGCUCCCCUCCAGCGGGGCUCGCGAUCGAGUCUCCGUCAGCAUCACGGCCUCGCUAUUUCCGGGCGUGGCUCAACCGGGUUUCAGCGAUGUGCCAUCCGAUCCCAGGUGCCGGGGACGAUGCACACCAGAGCGAGAUGCUUCAGCAGCACCGCCACACUCAGGGAGGAAGCGGAAGACUCUGAAAACUUCUGGCGCGUUUCGGCGGACGACUCCCAAUUUUGGCACGACUACGUUUCGACUAGGCCGAGCUACAAUGCGGCCUUCUACAACGAAAUCUACAACCACCACAACGCGCACUCGUCCAAGUGGGAGGUCGCGCACGAUGUAGGAUGCGGAGCCGGCCAGGUCUGCGAAGAGCUGGCCACGCGCUUCGCCCACGUUGUCGCAUCAGAUAUCAACGACACCCAUCUAGCCGUUGCUAAGCGCCGGCUGAUCCCCAGCCUCGGUGCCAAGCGCAUCUCGUUCACGCACUCCAUGGGCGAAGAUCUGAUCAAGCACCACGCACCCGGUUCUGCCGAUCUCAUCGCCGCAGCCGAGGCCAUGGUACUUAUGGACGAGCACGUAGCGCUUGAGAAUUUCCAUCGUCUGCUCCGACCAGGCGGUACCUUGGCAUUUUGGUUCUACGGGCGCCCAACCUUUUCCGAUCUAAAGCUGCGCGCGAAAGCCCAGCCAUUGAUCGACGGCAUCAUGGUGCGCAACUGGUCCAAGGUGAUCCGGGGAAGCGAGCGCCGUAUAGCGGGCUUUAAGCGCGCGGCUGAAGGGAUGGCGUCUUGGCUCGACUACGUCCCGCUAGACCCAGAAUCGUGGUCGAACGUGCGAAGGAUCAAGUGGAAUACUAGCGCGACCCUACCGUUCUUCGGCGAGGAGGCGUGCGGGUUUCCCAUCCAUCCUACCAGCAACGUCAAGCCUGGGGAAUAUACCGAGGAGCGCGAAGAUCCGAAUUGGUGGAAGAACGAGUGGGAUAUCGCUGAGCUGAGAAGGUAUUUCCGCGUGCUCUUCCCCGGGUUCAAGGAGGCUCUGGGCGAGGGUGAUCAGGAGAUCAAUCGCAUGUUCCAGGAACUCGAGUCGCAUUUUGGUGGUGAGGGUAAGACGCAGCAGUUUACUUGGCCGGCUGUGUUGGUGACGGCUACCAGGAAGUGAUGAGCGGAUGGAGUUUUGCCAUGCAUCUAGGUAGAUUUAUACUACCUACCAUCCAUAUUACCUAGUACCAUGGGUUUUUUUUAUCAUUGCUAGAUGUCGUUCCAUAACAAUGUAGGUAGAUACCUAGUAGCUAAAAAGUCGACGUGGAC